GUCUGAACUUUUCCCCCAAUGAGGGGUGAGCUGAAGUGGUGAAGCCCCGCCCACUGGCCGCCGGGGUGACUUUGUCAUUAUGGCAGUGCGGGCAAUGCUGCGCUUUCAUUCACCUGUGUACCCAGGGAACAGCCGGGCGAAGAGCGGCAAGGCGGCCUCCUACUGUGCCGAGCUGGUCAGGAAACGGGACUAUGAAGGAUUUUUAUGUACAUUGCUGCUACCUCCAGAAUCUCAAAAAUCUGUACUUGCUCUGCGAGCCUUUAAUGUAGAACUGUCACAGGUGAAGGACUCUGUGUCUCAGAAGAACCUGGGUCUGAUGCGGAUGGAGUUCUGGAAGGAGAUUAUUCAAGACAUAUACCAAGAGAAUCCUCCACAUCACCCUGUGGCUCUGGAAUUAGCUAAGGCGGUGCAGACACACAAACUGACAAAGAGAUGGCUGACCAGAAUCAUUGAUGACAGAGAAAAGAAUCUAGACGAUAGAGCAUAUCGAAACCUUAAAGAGAUGGAAACCUAUGCAGAGAACACGCAGAGCUCCUUGCUGUACCUGACCUUGGAAACACUCGAUGUUAAAGAUGUUCAUGCGGACCAUGCUGCCAGUCACAUUGGCAAAGCACAGGGUAUCGUCACAUGCUUGAGAGCCGUUCCUUUUCACAGCAGCCGGCGACAGGUCUUCCUGCCUGUGGACAUCUGCAUUCUGCACGGGGCUUCACAGGAGGAUUUCAUUAGAGGGAGCCAAGAGAGAAAUGUCAAAGAUGCUGUAUACGAUAUUGCCAGUCAAGCUUAUGUACACCUGGAGCAUGCUCGAUCUUUCCAGAGGAAGAUUUCUGGAAAAGCUUUUCCUGCCUUUAAUAUAACGGUUCCCUUGGACAGUUAUCUAAAGAGACUUCGUAAAGCAGACUUCAAUAUCUUCCAUCCUAGUUUACAAAGGAGAGACCCCUGGAUUCCAUUGUCUUUAUAUGUGCAGUCUUGGAGAAAAACCUAUUAAAAAUGUAAAAAUAUU